AUGACGGUCCCGCUGACUGAAGAGGAUCUGCAUGAACUGUACCUCUGGGUGGAUGACAUCCCCCUUUCUCGCCCGAAACGCAACAUCACGCGUGACUUUAGCGAUGGUUGCUGCGUGGCAGAGGUGGUGAAGUUCUUUUUCCCGCGGCUGGUUGACCUGCAUAACUACACCCCUUCGAUGUCAAUGAAACUAAAGCGGGACAACUGGGAGACUUUGAACAACCGCGUUUUUCGCAAGCUUCACUUUGAGGUGCCACCGGAGGAGAUCAACGACAUCACGGCGGGCGUGCCAGGGGCGAUUGAGCGCUUCCUUCGCGCUCUUCGGACGAAGAUUGCGCAGAUCAAGGCCCGUCGCGAGAAGAUGAGUGCGCUGGAGAUGGGUCAUGGCGGCAGUGACGAUGAAAACAACGACGGGGGCGAUGAUAGAGGCGGUGGUGGUGGUGGUUGGACGACGUCGGGGAGGCCGUGGGCGGCGAAGAGGCAGCCAAAGUACCCUGAACACCGUCCAGGAAGUGGCGUGGGGGCCGAUCCCGCGGCGUAUCGGUCGCCCUCUAACGUGAGGAAUGUUUCCGAGAUGCAACCGAGCAACCAGAGCAGUAGAGAUAAUAAACGGAACGAUAACGGUGACGACGCCACCACGAGCUUUCGCCUGCUGCUGGAUGAGAAGGACCGCACCAUUUUUGAGCUUCGCGAGACAGUCAGCCUGCUGAGCGAGAAGGUAACGAAACUGGAGGAGUUGGUCCGUGUGAAGGACGAGAAGCUGAAUGCCUAUCGAGAGAAACUUGGGCGCCAUUGA